AGGCGCGCAUCGCCAUGCACAAGUACCGGGCGAAGAACAUCGACCUCCGCCGCAUGACGGUCCAGACACUGCGCUACCGGCAGACUCGCCAGGCCGACAAGCAGAGGAAGCUGAACGCCAAGGGCUCGGUGCAAGCAGCCAGGCUCAGCGUCUUCGAGCCGGUGGUCUACGCGCAGAAGCGCCUGGACAGCAAGGGCGGCGUGCGCCUCCUGCCGCAGUCCCGCGUGCUGAUGCAGCUCAACACGGCCAAGCGGGCCUUCGACCGGAGCCUCCCGCAGGAGCCGACCUUCCAGCCGCACGUGGCCGCGCGGCGCGGCCGCAACGCGGUGACCGCUCGCCGCCUGGCCAAGCGGCCGCUGGCCACCGCGCGCGAGGAGGGCCUGAUAGACAGCAGCAUGUUCGAGCACUGGCUCGCCAAGCAGUUCGCCGUGAAGCGGUGACCUGCUCAGUCGACAUCGCUGUGUGGACUGUUGUGAUGCGCCUAAGCUGCCAGCGCGAUGGCGCUCCAGUGCUGUGCGACUGGGGCUUGUUUCACUGUCUGGGUCCUCCAGCAUCGGAGACCAACUGUCAGGCUUCUCGCAGGUCGGCGGUGCUCGCACGGCCUGCAGGACCUGCUGCGGCUGCCCUGCGGGUCUUCCGCGCACUUCCUUCCUGGCUCGCUCCCUUUGCGGGGAAGCUGGGCCGCCCCCCCCCCCCCCAAGCGCCCGGAGGCAGGGGUUGGGGACGCGCGGUUGGGAGAGCUCCAAGGGUUGCGGCGCGCCGGCCAGGUUUCCUCCGCGCGCCGCCCCCCCGGCGCCCGCCCCCGGCAGCUAUAGCCUUUUGCUGCCGGCGAGGGGGCGGCGCCCAUGCUGCCAAAAGGAG